AUGAGUGGAACGGAAGUGCCUUCAUUUUCGUCUGGAGAUCCACAUUUUCAUAAUAAUGAUGGUGGGGAAGAGUGCUGUCACAGAAGCAGUCCGUCCGUUUCGGUUACACAACAAAUCGUUUCGUCGGCAACAGGUGCUAUUGUGACUUCUCUUUUAAGAAAAUUCUCAUCUCUCAUCUUCCGUUCUUGCACUCUUUGUCACUAUCCAUCGGAGCGCGUGGCAGUAAUUUGCAGUGGCGCUGUUCUAGUGACGCCGAUGGAUGUGGUUAAAAUACGACUGCAGCAACAACAUCAUCCUUUCCCCAAGGGACAUUGCUUUUACUACUACAAUGGUCUCAUGGAACAUUUAUGUAGAUCAUGUGAGCAACGGCUGCCAUGUGCAUGGUAUCAACGACCUGGCAACUUUUCUGGAACAAUCGAUGCUUUCGUAAAGAUUACGCGCAACGAGGGCUUACGCUCUCUGUGGAGCGGGCUAUCUCCCACGCUGGUUAUGGCCGUACCAGCUACCGUGUUUUACUACUCAUUAUAUGACAGACUGUUGGUACGCUUUCGGAACGCGUUAUGCUGUCGCCGAAAAUUGACGCCACAAAAGAUAUGUCCACCCGACUGGACGGCGGCUAUGUUCGCUGGAGCAUUGGCGAGGACGACAGCUGCAACAAUUGUCAGCCCACUGGAAAUGAUUCGUACAAAAAUGCAAAGCGAACAAUUGAAUUAUCGCGAUAUUGGACAAGCCUUACGCGUUACCAUAUCUACUCAUGGAAUUUCGGGUUUUUAUUUGGGCUGGUUACCAACCCUGUUGCGUGAUAUACCGUUCUCGGCUAUUUAUUGGGCAGCUUACGACACACUCAAAACCAGAUUCAUGGCAUGGAGGAAUAUGCAAGAGCCGACCUUUACGAUGUCUUUCGCCUGUGGAGCGAUGGCUGGAUCGUUCGCUGCAGUGCUUACUACUCCUUUUGAUGUGAUGAAGACUCAUCUUCAAAUUAAACUUGGUGACAAUAAUAUGGCUCGACGGCCCCCUCUUGCCUUGGUUGCGCAAGAAGUUGUGCAUAACGGUGGCGGCGUGAGUGCACUUUUUGCUGGUGUGGUACCGCGAGUGGCGAAGAUUGCUCCAGCAUGUGCGAUCAUGAUCGGCUCAUACGAGUACUUCAAACCGAAAUCAAGAGCCCAUCUGGGUUUACUAGAGAAGAAAGCCGAUUACAAAGCUCGUGCAAAGGAUUACCAAGAAAAACGAGACACCUUAAAGAAACUGAGAAAACAUGCUUUGGACAAGAAUGAGGACGAAUAUCAUCAUCACAUGAUCAAUAGUGAAGUUAGGUCCGAUGGUCGACAUUUCGAGAAGAAGAAAAAACAGGAAGAGGAUUCCGAAGUUCAGAAAAAGUUGAACGAUGUCAGAGAUCUGGAAUACGUAAAGUACAAGUUAUACGCGGAGAAAAAGAAAGUCGAACAAUUAAAAUCCGAGCUUCACUUCGCCGAUCCAAGUUGUGGACUUGGAGCGAGUAAACACACAAUCUUCGUGGACGACGAUGAGGAGGCGAAAUCUUUCGAUCCUGUUGAAUAUUUCGGCACUGACGAGUCUGUGAUCUCUAGGAAGUAUAAUCGUUUACGGAAGAACGAUCUGGCCAAGAAGAAUUUUAUAGGAGCUCAAAGUAAAGAAGAAGUGAAAAAUUUGGCGCAGUCGAAAGGGUCGGAAUUACAACCUGUUAUGGAGAAACCAGGUAAGGUAGAUCGUGCAGGAGUAUGGAGAUGGACUUAUGAAAGAAAGCGAUGA